GAAGCUCGUUGCCAGUCGUCUAUCCACUUACGAGCACACACGCGUCCCAACGCUGAGGUGUGCUUAGCUGCUCUGCAUUUAAACAUUAACCUGAGCAGACUGUCACAUGACCUGCUCCUAAUCUCUGGGACGUCCGAGGAGCUCAGAAGAGACCGGAAAGCAGCUGCAGGGGUUUGUAUUCAAACCAAACAUGCAUGAUGGGAUCAAAUUGUGCCAGCCAUGUGUUUCACUUAGCAGUCCCUCUAUCACCACCAUUAGUCAGUCAUAGCCUUCUUAGAAACAUCACAAGUAUCACAGUGCUCUUCCUCGGCUGUUCUCAGACCUGUAAUCACAGGAGAUAAUUACCUUUACUUUCAUUCAUUUCAAGGCCCGUGCCCUUCUUUAUUCCCCAAAAGCUGAGGGGUGUUUCUUUACCAUUUUUUCAAAAUACACCUCCAAAUAUCAUUACCCUAAGUGAGCUUUAGGGCCACACUGUCGGCAGUGUCAACAAGCGGUCAGGUGAAAGCUGCUAUUAAUGCAUCAACCCGGCGAAGCAUUGGUGGUGGGAGGUGUGCCUGAGCUCUCCGCCUCUCAAAGGUCAUCCGAGGUAUGCUGAAAAAGAACAAGUGAGAGUCCUGAUGACAUCACCGGGCCAAUAUAAGAGGCAGACGACGAGGUUUGCCUGCAAAACCUCUCUGAGCUGAGAUUUGAGGAAGCCAGCAGGCCAAAGCUAGCACCGUCCGUCUCCACGUCCUCCCCCCCCUCGCGGUCCUGGGAUACAAGAAGACAUCGCACUGGAAAAUAUGCUGUUCUGCCAUUCCCAGCCUGAGUCCUACCACCAGCACUCUGCUAGUUACAUUAGAGAGGCCUUGGCACCUUUCUUGAAAAACGAAGAAGCCAGGCUCAUGGCUGAGCACGGGUCCAAGAGGAGCCCGUUCCAGUACAUUCUGUGUGCAGCCACCUCGCCGGCUGUGAAGCAGCAGGAGGAGAGUCUCACUUAUCUCAAUCAAGGUCAGUCCUACGAAAUCCGUAUGCUUAACAGAAAACUAGUGGAGUAUACAGAUAUAAGCAGCAAAUAUGUGAAGAGCAUUGUGCGCGUGGUGUUUCAUGACCGUCGACUGCAGUAUAUGGAGCAUCAGCAGCUGGAGGGAUGGAGGUGGAACCGACCUGGAGACCGAAUCCUGGAUAUAGAUAUCCCAUUGUCAGUGGGGAUACUGGAGCCCCGUUCACACCCUCUGCAUCUCAACACCAUUGAGUUCCUCUGGGAUCCUGUCAAGAACUCUUCUGUUUUCAUCCAGGUUAACUGCAUCAGCACUGAGUUCACCCCCAGGAAGCACGGUGGGGAGAAAGGAGUGCCCUUUCGUAUCCAGCUGGACACUUUCACCAUCAAUGAACAUGGGGAAUACGUGGAGCAUGUCCAUUCUUCUGGCUGCCAGGUCAAAGUCUUCAAGCCUAAAGGAGCUGAUCGCAAACUGAAGACAGACAGGGAAAAGAUCGAUAAAAAGGUCUCUCAAGACAGAGAGAAGUACCAACUGCCCCACGACAACACUGUGCUGAAAGAGUGUUCUCCUUGGCCCGAUGCCCUAAAUCUCACCAGCCACAGCAGCAGCAGCACUCCGUCACCAGUUUACCACAGCUCCCCAACUUCCUGUAGCUUCACAGAUGGCAGCUGUUCUCCAAACCAGCAAGGGGAGCUGCUCCUGCCCGGCUGCUGUGAUCACCUUCUACCAUCAUCCUCACCUCAGGACACUCAGCAGUGGCUGCACCGCUACAGGUUCUCACCGUUCUCAAGGCUCUUCUACAGCUUCUCAGGUGCCGAUCUGUUGAGGAUGAGCAGGGAGGAUCUGAUCCAGAUCUGCGGUCCAGCAGAUGGUAUUCGACUCUUUAACACUAUGAAAGGAAGGUCUAUACAGCCCCGUCUUACCAUCUAUGUGUGUCAGCAGCACACCAGACAUCAACCUGCCAUCAAGCCAGGUGGUGGAGACAUCUAUCACGCUCUGUACCUGGAGGAGCUGACACUGUUGGACCUCUCGGAAAAGAUUGCUCUGCUGUGCAGCAUUGCUCCGCAGCAAAUUACACACAUCUACAGAGAAAAACCCAGCGGGAUCCACGUCCUAGUCUCUGACGAGAUGGUGCAGAUCUUCAGGGAGGAAACAAGCUUCAUCCUCAGCAUUAUAAGAGAUGAAAACACUGAUGGCUACCACGUUGUGCUGAAAUGACCAACAGGUACUCAGGAGAUUCAACGUUUCCACCGAGAAUCAGUGGAAUUGCACAGCUUGUAUAUACGUCCUUCUAGAUUACAAUAUGUAACAUUUAAUAAGAUUUAUGGUACUUGAAAAUGCUCGUCGGCUUUCAGUUUGCUGUUGAUUUUGUGCUUUGUUUGAGUUUUCUUUCUUUUUUUUCUGUUUAAUUUGUAUUGUUGUUAAGUUACUGAUUCAUGCCUGGAAUGUCUUAUAAUUAGCGGUAAACACUGCUGAAUUAUUUCUUCUCAUGUGCAUUCAUUUUUGACUUAAACACCUAUAAAUGCAAGUAAAUGACUUUCAUGAUUAAAAAGCAGAGUAAAUGUCACACAUCAUCACGCCAACAAAUAGAAAAAACAAAUGAACAAAACUGUAUUAUGUUGUUUUGAUUUAAUGCAAAGUCCCGUCACUAUUUUCAUGCUUGUCCUAGAAAUGAAAUGUUGGCUGUUUCUGUCACAUAUAAUAAAUAAACUUUUGUCUUGACAGGGUGUCAUUUGAAAUUUGGUAAAAGUGCCCAUACACCGCUUGAGCCAAUCACGAGCUGUGCACAGCCAGAGCUUGUUAGCGUGAGCCACCUAGCGGUUGCGCUAGCCCACGGUUGUCAUUUGGCUAAAAAGACACAACAACUAACCAUAAUAUCUUGAUGAAUACAUUUAUGAACAAAUUGAGGCCAGUUUUAUUACACAAACUCGUGAUUUGUGUUUCAGGAAAGUCAUCUGGGUGUCUGCUAUGAACACACGGCGGUCCGAGAGUGCU